AUGCCAGGUGAGAACAAGCGUGUGAAACCGAGCAGUGUUUGCAUGGGGCCUUCCCUGCAAUGGUACACCCGAGCUCAAAACAAGAUGAGAAGACCCAGCUUACUGUUAAAAGGCAUCCUCAAGUGUACAUUGCUUGUGUUUGGAGUGUGGAUCCUUUAUAUCCUCAAGUUAAAUUAUACUACUGAAGAAUGUGACAUGAAAAAAAAGCAUUAUGUGGACCCUGACCGCAUAAAGAGAGCCCAGAAAUAUGCUCAGCAAGUUCUGCAGAAGGAGUGUCGGCCCAAGUUUGCGAAGUCGUCCAUGGCACAGUUGUUUGAGCACAGGUAUAGCAUGGACCUGCUGCCUUUUGUGCAGAAGGCCCCCAGCGCGAGUGAAGCCGAGUACAAGUAUGAUCCUCCUUUUGGGUUCCGGAAAUUCUCCAGUAAGAUCCAGACCCUCUUGGAACUGUUGCCAGAGCAUGAUUUUCCUGAGCACUUGAAAGCCAAGAGCUGUCUGCGCUGUGUGGUGAUCGGAAGUGGCGGGAUCCUACAUGGACUAGAGCUGGGCCAGGCCCUGAACCAGUUCGAUGUUGUGAUAAGGUUAAACAGUGCGCCAGUUGAGGGAUAUUCAGAGCAUGUUGGAAACAAAACUACUAUAAGGAUGACUUAUCCAGAGGGUGCACCACUGUCUGACCUUGAAUAUUAUUCCAAUGACUUGUUUGUUGCUGUUUUAUUUAAGAGUGUGGACUUCAACUGGCUUCAAGCAAUGGUAAAACAUGAAACCCUGCCAUUUUGGGUGCGACUCUUCUUUUGGAAGCAGGUGGCAGAAAAAAUCCCGCUGCAGCCAAAACAUUUCAGGAUUUUGAACCCAGUUAUUAUCAAAGAGACUGCUUUUGACAUCCUUCAAUACUCAGAGCCUCAGUCAAGGUUCUGGGGCCGAGAUAAGAAUGUCCCCACAAUUGGUGUCAUUGCCGUUGUCUUAGCCACACAUCUGUGCGAUGAAGUCAGCUUGGCGGGUUUUGGCUAUGACCUCAAUCAGCCCAGAACACCUCUGCACUACUUCGACAAUCAGUGCAUGGCGGCCAUGAACUUGCAGACCAUGCAUAACGUGACCACGGAGACCAAGUUCCUCCUCAGGCUGGUGAAAGAAGGAGUGGUGAAGGAUCUCAGUGGAGGCAUCCAUUGUGAAUUUUGAACCCAGAAACCCUCACUGGAAAAUGCAACUCAGACUCAAGGGCUGUUUUCAAUAGCCUGCUCGACGCAUUUCAUCCUGCAGAGUCUUUAAAGUGCAGCUGGCGUUUUGAACUUUAAUUUAAAAACAAAACUAAAAAAGAGUUUAGCUCUGUCUCACUUGUUUUUCUAUUUAUUUGAGGUCAGUGUUUGUUUUUGCACAUUUUUUAAGUUAAUCUUGAGAACUGAAUUGGAAAGACUUCUCAAAGAGAAUUUUAUGUAAUGAUGGUGUACUGAAUUUUAAGGAAGUAAUUUAAUUUCUAAAAACUCUGUCCCUGUAUACUGCACAUCGAAUGCAGGUAGUUCAUUGGAAGGAGAGGGGAGAUCACUGUGAUGAUGGCCCUGAGUCCCUGAUUCUGGUUCUCUGCUGCUGUCUUUGGUGGCACCAGUGGAAGAGGCACUUUCAAGAAGACGUGCUCCGUAGCUAAACCACUGAUGUGAGGUCAGCGACAGCUGCGUGAGGCCUAGGCUGGUGAGAGGCGUUUCCCAGCCCCUCCCUGUUGGUCUGCUGGAAAACUCACGGGGACCAACCAGGGAGCCGUCACGGAGGGACACAGAAGACAGUCUGUGACCUCCAACUACUGUGAAGCCUCCCCGGGCUGCAGAAGCCACAGUCUUCCCAGCAAGCACCCCAACUCUUGAAUUUCUUGAGAAUUUUUGUACUGCCUUUCCGAAGCACUUAAAUGUUGUCUAACAUGUCUGUCUGAGGUGGCUUAUAAAAAUAAGGACAAAACCUCCAGGGUCAUGGGGAAGUAUACCCUUUCCAGGCAUAACCACAUUUUUGGAAACACUGAAAUGAAGUCCUCUCGGUGUUAUAAAUUGCCUUUUAAAAAAAAAAAAAGUUUUUGGCUGCCCACCCGGCAACGUAUACCAGGCUAUGUGCUGGUUAGAAAAAUAAAAAUAAAAGCUUAUGAGAAGCUGUCA